AUCUAGGUAAGAAUUAAAAACACUCCUUAAUUGUAAUUCAACAAUAACUCGUAAGAUGAUCAGUAAAUAACAAAAAACGAACGACGCAAGAAAACACUAAAUGCGUAAUAUCAAUUUGUCAUCUUUGUAACAAAACUGACCUUCAAACGAGAAAAGACGGAUACCUGAGUUUAGUGAUACUUAGAAUUUGCAUUUGAUAAACCACGUGAUAACUCCUCAGUGUGUUCUAGCAAGUUAGGACGAACUUGAUAUGUUGUCUGCUAUCAUCUUUUUUGGUUUAACGUUUCCCCAAUGUGUAUUGAUGGUGUGCCCUGAGUCCAUAUCCACUUUAUCAGUUGUGUCCCACUGUCCUUCCAAUGCCACUGAAUGGGUUUCAGCAGCGAAAAGGAAAAGUUGUAAUGACUUGGGGAAAGUUCAAAGUUGCACAGAGCCUGAUCAAUUUGUUUAUCAUUGCGUCUUAAACCAGGAAGCAACGCAGCUGUUAGAGGUGUGUGCACCUGUUUGGUUUUUGUCAGGUUAUUGUGCUCGGUUCAGCGAAGUAGACAAAAGAAUCAUCAAUGACCCUGGUUUGGACUGUACAAAGUUUGAUCCUCCAUGUCCAUCAAGGUUUCUAUCUAAUGAAUCUUUCAAGUACCAAAUGUGCUACAGGGGUGCAAGUUUGAAUAACCACCAACAAAACGGAGCUGCUGACUUUAUCACUUAUGUUCUCUUGGGAAUAGUUGCAUUGCUAGUUUUGACUUUGUUGAUCCUUCUCUUUGUUGGAUUCAAGUUAAAACGCUAUGAAUGUGCACGAUGUUGUGGUAAAAAAAGGACAGAAAAUGACAUUCAAAGUAGUGAGGGUAAAGAAUUAUUGGAUCAAAGUAUCAUCCUUUCUAAAGAAACAAAAGACAUAGAGGAGGUUCCAAAAAGCAUACACGAAGCAAAAAAGAGGAUUUCAUACAGAAACCUUUCCGGAAAUAUAGAAGGAUCGUGCUCUUUAACGGGCAUUAAGACAAUAUGUGAUCUACGAGGAAAGCUGUCCAAAAAGCUUCGAAUACCAAAGGAUAUCUUAUUUGUAGUUUAUGAAGAAAAGGGGAUACUUUUUGACGAUGACACUGAAAUCAAAACUCUUAAAGUUUUCCCCAUUGAAUUGAUGAUAGGAAACCAGAAUCGAAUGAAUGAUAGCAAUAUAGCUGGUGUUGAUGGUGACAAUGAUGAUACGGAAAAUGACGUUUUAUCCGAAGAGUUUACAUGCAAAAAAUAUACAAUGGAUUGUGGUCAUUCAAGAACAGCUGAUUCAUUGCUUGCUUGGACAAAAGAUAGACUAUUUCACCACACAGAUACAGAUUUAUUAUGUCCGGAAUGUUCUUCGCCAUGGGAUUUGGAUAAAAUCUCAGAAGUUUGCAGGUUAUCUCCGGAUGAAAAGCGAUUCUUUCAACACGUAGAAAACAUGAAUAAGUGUAACAAAAUGAUGGUCGACGUUGCGGAAUAUGAAUUUAACAGAACUUAAAACAUUUUGUAGAACAGUUAUUACAGAGUUUUCUAAUAGCUGUUACCCCUUUGAAACAGAAAGGAAAAUUAUAUGUUGUUCCUAUAUCUACGUAUACCAAUACCAUUACUGGUGAAUUUCAAAGUUGUCCAAAGCUAUAUAUAUAUAUGUAUGUACCUAAAUAUUUGAACACAGUUUUAGGAGGCUUGAUAUCAACGAAUUGGUAAAAUGGCAAAAAUAAUGUUUAUGGUCAUUAACAAUAAUUUAGUAAUUAAAGUAUCCAACUCUUCUAUCUAUCAAUAAAAAAGUAGUUUAAAAAAAAAGUAUGUCCCUGUAUCUUUGUACAGCGCUCUUUAUCUUAGAGAGGUGAUUUUAGUCUUAAAAUGGUCACGACCAUCCAGCCCUCAUGCUAGCCGAAUUGCUUGUAGAAUAAGACGUUUUGUAAAUCAGAUCAUAUCAGAUCGACAGAUGUUUGAGUAUAUUAUUUACAACUUUUCACAUUCCACAAUUGUAACUUAAUAUACAGUUAUUAAGUUGGUUUGAGGACACCAUAUGAUUUGUUGGACCUGAAAACAGAAAUUUUGACAAAUGCCGAAUACCGAGGGGAUUAAUUUUGUCUGACUGGUGGAAUUAAGUUUCGUUUUGUUCGGCUUUUUGAUUGUAAGACUAUAAAAAUAUAUAUAUUAAUACAAUGUUUGUACUGGAAUGUAUCUUGUAUAAUAUAAAAGUAAUCAUUUAAGGUCAAGAUAAAGUAAAUGAUUCAAGACUGUCUUUUUGGUGCUUGAACCAUUAUGACGUCAUAAUUGAUUUGAUGAAUCUUUUCCCGUUUUUUACGACUUUAAAGGAAUUAUGUAGAAAAUAAAACAAUAUUUUGACAUUUUUAUAUUUAAUCACGGGAAAAGUAAUCAUGGUACCUAUAUUCAAUUUGAUAUCAUUUUAAAGAGGAUGUCAAGGGCUUGUUUAACGCCGUUUUUGGAGAGAUUGUAGGCAUUCAAUAUACAUGUAUAUUUCAUAAGUCAAAAAUGGACGAAAUUCCUAAAUUUGUUAUAUUUAUCCUUCAUUUUCAUUGAAAAUGACAGUUUAGAACAUGAUUUUCACUGUGUUUAUCAAAAAUUUAAGCUCCAGUACACACUAUGUAACAAAAAUAUAGUUAUGAAGCAUCAUUAGCAGAAUUUCUAUCUUGAAUUUCAUAAACCUGUAAGCACUUUUCAUUUACUAGAUCUUGACUUUAAUCCAAUACAAAAUCUACAUUUAACAAAGCUAAAAAUAGCGCAUUAAAUUUUUUUUUCGUGAAGUUUUAUGUAAUAUUUUGCAUUUUGUUGAUUUGUUUCUAAUAUUAUUUGUUUUCCAUGACGUUAUUUAAUAUGUUUAAACCUUCUUUUGUAUCUAAUCUAACAAAGUUUACAUUUACUUUUUUGUAAAAUUUAAAAGCUAUUAAAUGUUACAUUAUUUUUUGUCUUGGAAUAAAAGUUGAAUAGUCAUG